CGCGACUCAACUCUAUUUCCCGGUGGAGAUUUUCCCGUAGGAAACUUUUUCUUUUCUUUACCUCAUACCAACAUUUCUAGUGUCUUGAUGACAAUGAGGAUUUCAUACUCUUCCUGACGGACUUUAACUUUUAUCACGUCCGGUACGUGAAUCCCGGAGGACUUCAGACAGACUUUCCAGUUCUGUUACUGGACAACAGGAGCUAUAGUAUCGACCCUCUGUCCACGAUGUCCUCCAGAGGUAAAAAUGACUUGUGCCGAAUUUGUGGCGGAGAUCUCCAGGGGAACCAAAGGCGAUGGCUGUUUGCAUGCCAAAAGAAGAAGACUGGUCAGCUUCAGACCCCGACAGAAUCCCUGAGAGGAGAAAGUCUGUCCCAGUCCUCACAGAGUAGCCCCUGGGGCAGCACAUUAUCUCUUGGUUCCUUAGCGUCUCUCUCCAAGUCCCAGUUGUCCCUGAGUUCCCAGUCCAAAGCAAUGGAUCUGCUCUCUGUGUUGACCCACAUACUGGGCCAGUCUGUGCCACGGGGCUGUGGGCAGGGGGAGUUUGUAUGUGGCAAAUGCGUGUGCGCCCUCGAGCGGGUGUUCAAAUUUGACUCAGUGAUAGCCAGGGUGAGGGUGCUUUCGUCCGAGAGGCUUCAGAAGCUGACGCAGGAGAGGGACAAGAUCAGACAGUGGGUGCGCCAUAACUACCACCAGAGACACCCACGGGACUUCAAGAGCAGGGGCAGCACCAGUGAGGAGGAUGGAGAGGCAGAGAAGGAGGGCUACAGGGAGAUGCUCAAAGAGAAUAUGGCACUCUCAGAGUAUGAGUGCUGGUCUGAGAAGUGGGACACGUGUCCGUAUUUCAUACGAACGGGUAAAAGAUGCAGAAAGGGCAAAGGAUGUGAAGGCUGUGAUUCCUUACGGGUGUCCGACUCAGAUUAUGAGUCCGUUUGUGGGGUUCCUCGCCACUUGCCUUUCCAACCCUUCUCCCCGUUGCCGCUGUCGCGGGACAAAUCCCAGAGCAUGCCCCUCAACUGGCAGAGGGUGCCAUCCAGUUGCUCCAGCCCAGCUUCACUGGUUGGAUCCAGUCUCUCCUUACAUGCGUCUUCCCGCACAGAGUCCAUUCAGUCUCUGGACUCUCUUGAUGGCAAUGACCCGUUUGAUUCACCAGGUCAUCAGUCAGUCAACUUCAUGCUGAAGGAGCUGAGAGGUAUUGAGGGGAAGCCAGUCAGUUCACCAUCAGGGAGCAGGAUCCCAGUUCUGGACAGGAAGGAUGGGAGGUCCUCUGAGAAAACUGGAGAUAUGGCGUCACCCAGAGUGAACAGGGUUCUGAACUUUGGGGAUGUGGAAAACGGAGGGGAUGAAAUGGAUGAAGAGAAUGGGGAUGUCCUAACAGAACUGAGGGACGAGUUCAUGCCUCUUCAGCGAGAGAGUGCUACUGGCAGGGUUCACCAUGCUGUCAGGCACCUGCGAGGCCAGCUGGACCAAGCUGUGUCCCGUAUCAGGACCCUGGAAGCUGAGCUGAAACACGGGAGGAGCAAACCAGCUGAAGUCAAUGGAUCAGACUGGGCACCUUUGGACCAGGAGGAGGAGGGUGGCGAUUCUCUGCUGCAGAGCCUCCGUCACUCCCUGCACAGCCGGGAGCGUCUGAUCCAGGAGUGUAUGGGUCUGAUUAGAAGACUGUGUGUGGAAGAGGGAGCAGGAACUGAGCUGGCCAACAAGCUGACUGAGAAACUGACUGAGAAUCUGAAGGAAAUUCUCUCUGACAACAAGGCUGCCCUGAAGACUCUGAAGUCUGAAAUGACUGAGAAAGAAAAGGGCAUGGAGAACGAGAUCGAGGCACUGAGGAAGGCUGGAAGAGACAGAGAGAGAGACCUUGACACGCUCAACAGCGUGCUGCAAUGCAACCAGGAUAUUAUCAAUGACUUACGGGUGGCUCUGGGGGAGAAGGAGGGACUACUGAAGGAGGUGGAGAAAGAGAAGGAGGUGUGGAGACAGAGGGACCGGGCCCUGGCUGCUGUCCUGCAGGAGAAGGACUCACUGAUUCACUGCCUCAAAGAGGAGCUGGAGAAGCGUCAGCAGGCUCUCUCUGACUCUGUGACUGGUCAGGAGAUGGCAGGGGGUGGGGCUGGGCAAGCAGCCUGGUUGGAAGACAGAGAGGGCAACAGUGCCACCUUGUGCCAGGAGGUCACCAAACUCACCACAGCCCUGCAGGAAUACCAGGACAUGGUGCAGGAUCAGCAGGAGAGUCACAAUCAGACAGUGUGUUCUCUGACGAGUCAGCUCAAAGACAUUCAGCAGAAGCUGAGGGAGAAAGAGAAGGAGAAGAAGGAGGCUGACAGAGCCUGGCAGAACAUCAGAGAGGACAGAGAGAGAGAGGAGAGGAAACUGAGGCACAGUCUGGAGAAGAGAGACAAACUCAUUGAGCAAAUCCUGUUGGAUGCAGAGGAGCGGGACCUUCUGUUUAGAGAGCUGCAGCAGAACCUGCAGAACAAACGAGAACCUGUGACAGCCAUCAAACACACACUGUGAUGUACUGUACAACAUACUGACAAGAUGCAAACUAACUGCACAUAGUUAGAGGAAUACUUUGCACUUUCUGCACCACCUUUUUGCCUCUUCAACAUAUUUAUCGUGGUGUACGUUAUUUAUAUUUAUCUUUCCAUAUUUUUAUUGGUUUGCACUUGCAGACCUGCCUUGUUCUGCCAUGGCCUGAAGGAAAGUUCAAUUUUCCACGAUUACUACUAAAACUCUCUGGGGUGAAUCAGCAAUUUCAGACUCAGAGAGUCAGAGGCAGAUUGUUUUCGGUAUGGAGGGAUGUCAGUUGUAGCUUCUUACAGCUGGAUGUUUAAUACUUGAUUUAAAAAUCACCAGAUUACUGUAUUUAGUUAUUUUUUAUUUCUAAUGGUGAGGCAGAGAUUUGAUUUCAUUUCAUGCAGUGAGAUUGUUGGUGAUAGAAACAUUUCUGAAUGGUAUGAUUGUUCAUGGAUCUGAGUAACACAUCAUGUCCUGUAGGACAGGAGCAGGUAUGAUAUUGCUUUAAACCUGAAUUCUUCUCUCUUUAUCCUAUGAAGUUCUUUGCAGUGGUGUUUUGUGUUUGUCUUUUUACUUUCUCAGUAGAGAUCUGCCAGUUUUUUUGUUUACAGUGCUAGUUUGGCACUCAUGGAGGGAAAUACUUAGGACCAAAAUUUGAUUUUUAACUGCUUUCAUUUUCUGCUUUUAUAUAUGUUUAAUUUCUUUACUUUACUUUGGUACUAUCUUCAGUGUUAACAUGUCUUGUAUUGUUACCUGGGACAUUUUCUUUUAGCUCAAGAGAAUUAAACACUCUGAUCAAAGUUA